GAAAUAGUCAUAAAUAGUAAUAAUAAGUAAUCAAAUCAAACCGCAAUUUGAUAAAUCUUUUCCACGCUCACUUGACUUCCUUCACUCAUUGAUCUUAUUCUCACAGUCGUCCAGUCGUCCAGUCCUUCAAUCUCCCCUACCUACCUGCCCGUCGGUCCAGUUCAGCUCCAUCUCCAUCCCCAUCUCCAUCUCCAUCCAUCUCCAUCUCCAUCUCCACCCCCGUCUCCUGAGUAAGACCAAAUCUCCAGAGUUGGUCUCUCCAUAGGCGCAUCACCUCUCAGUAUCAACACCCACCACAACAAAACACAACACAACAAACAACCACCUCCCUACCCCGACCGUCUUCUGGGAAUCCCUCAUCAACCGCUAUCAGCCCUUGGGUGGAAGUUUCAUCAAUCAUUUCAAUAAGUAUUCACAACAAUACUUGAACAAUCGCCAGUCAUGGCAGGAAACCCAUUGGGCUCUGCCUUCAAAUCGUUCUGGCAUACUAUGACCAGUUAUGAUCGUCACUCAUCGCAUGAUUCUCCCUACAGAACUGGCGGACACGUUCCUCUCGCACAAAGUCGACAUGAACCUUUAACAUCAGUUGCAACAACGGCUUCAGAAUCACGCGCAGAUUUGAACUCCCCCUAUUUUGAAGAUUCGGGUCGACAAUCUACAUCUGCACUCAAUGGCAAUGCUUAUCCAGGUUCACCGUUUGCUCCUCCUGCAAGUCCAGGGCCUCAAUCACCAUAUUCACCGGGAAUGAGAUCGUCUACGCUUCAGCGACAAUCUACGCAAGAAAAUUUUGAGAAUGUUACACCAGGAGAAAUUCAAUUGCAGGCUUUCCAAGAGGGUCUUCCUCCUCCACCACCAGUCGGACACUCUUGGAAGAGAAUCGAUCGAUGGGCCGAGGAGAAUUACGAAGAAUUAUUCGAUCAACUCUGCGAGGGAUGCACAAACAAUGAUUUGAAUGAGUUAGAGCAUCAAUUGGACUGUUCCCUUCCAAUGGAGGUUCGAGAGUCGAUGCAACUUCACGACGGACAAGAACGUGGUGGUCUACCUACGGGAAUUAUCUUCGGAUCCAUGUUGCUUGAUUGCGAGGAAAUCGUACAAGAGUGGGAAAGCUGGAAAAAGGUCAACCAGGAAUAUCUUGUAGAACAACCUACUCAUAGACCUUCAAUUCCACCCAAGGCAUUAGGUGGUAGUUCAUCUUCAUCGUCGAAGCAACCUGCAAAUGCACAAAAUCCCUACUGGAGACAAGAUUUAUUGGCCCGCCAGGAUUCUCAACCUCCCAAUGCUAUUCAAAAGGUUUACGCUCAUCCCGCUUGGAUUCCACUUGUUCGAGAUUGGGGUGGAAACAAUUUGGCAGUUGAUUUAGCACCAGGCCCAGCCGGUAAAUGGGGUCAAGUUAUUCUAUUUGGUCGGGACUACGAUUGCAAAUACGUCGUCGCACGAUCGUGGUCUGCUUUCUUGGCUACUGUCGCAGAUGAUCUCAGCAGUGGUAAAUGGUUUGUGGAUGAAGAAACCAAUGACCUGAAAUUGAGGGAAUUCAAAUCAGGAAAAGUUGAACCUGGUUACUUUGAUAUUUUAAGAUGGAGAAUGGACCAAAAGUAUGGUCGCAAAAAUGUGCGAAGAAGAUCAGCGCCACCCGUCAAUGGUAAUGGAGGAUCCCCGACUGGAUCUCCUUAUGCAAGCCCAGCUGCCGAAAUCGGUGAGCCACGCGGACGUUCUAUGCAACGUUUCUCAGGAGCUUCACCAAUUCCAAGUCCAAAUCGUCCUGGUUAUGGAAAAUCAAGUCCUCUAGCUCAAGUUGCUGAAGAAGGUUCCGGAUCAGGAACGAAGGUCAGCACCAUAGAUAUUCCCUCUACGAAACUUGUCGAUGUUCAAACACCAAGACCAAGUGAAGAAAACAAAUCUUCGGACCGACCAUUUAUAGAAUCCGAAUCACCUAACGAGAACAAAGAAAAUGAAAAGGCCAGUGAAAAAGUUACAGGAUUGGGAUUAGUAUCAGGAACCUCUGAGAAAGAAACCCCUGCUGAUGAUGAAUCUGCGAUGAAGACAAUUGAAAUCUAAUGCCAAUGCCAACAUACUUGUUGAGUUUGUUAGUUGCAUUUCGGGGAUUCUUUCGCAUUGCAUGAGGCGUUUGGGCGUGCGUUGAUAUGAAGAUUCAGAGAUUCAUAAUAAGAAAUUUGAGAUAUUCUUUUUUUAUUUUACUUUUUUCAAUUUUGUCUUAAUGACAUGAUAUGUAUGGCUGCGUGGAAAUAUAAUGUUCCAUGAGCUAGUUUCUUUAUGAAUAUACAGUUUGAGGAAGGGUUCAGGGGAGAGAAAGAAAAGGGGUAGUUAGAGCGUGUAUAUGUGUGUGUGUGCGGAGCGGAGAUUCACAUGCGAUUGCGAUGGUUACUGAAGGGUAGAAUAUUAGGGGAAGUAGGUAGGAGAUGAAUGUAUGUGGAUGGGAUGUUUGUGAAAGGAGUAGGGAUGAAUAACAAUAACUUAGUUACUUCCA